AAAUAAUUGCUAUUCGGCCCCUCUAAAUUGAUAGAGUUUGUACUUUGUUUUUUAAUCUGAAUCGAGUUUUUGAAUUAUCGAUCAACAAUGGCGGUGGAAGCUUAUGCAGCUGUAGCACAAAACGACGACAAAAUCCACUCCGAUGUCCUCGCCAAAGCCAGAGAUUCUUGCUACAAGGCUCGUGAUGCUUUCUAUUCAUGCCUCGAAAAGGAAUGUGACAAAAAACCAACAGAGAUUGCAUCAGUGGGUUUGCUUUAUCCUAAAGAAUGCAAAAAAUCAAGGGAUCAAUUCGUCAAUCAAUGUCGAUCUUCUUGGGUGAAACAUUUUGAUAGACAGCAUUGCCAGAACAAAAAGGCUCAGCAGAGACUUUUGGAUGAUAUAGGCUCCAGAAGAGGUCCGUUGUCGCUUCCACAUGCUUUCAAAUCCACCCCUUCAUUUUCAUGAACCAUUCAUCUAGCAAUAGUAGUAGUAGUAGUUGAUGAUAAUGAGUAAUUUAGAUUCAAUAGUAGCUUAUACAUGAUUCUUUUGUGUUACAAUAUGUUCAUUUUUGUGAUAAGGAUUUCUAAUUUCUAUUACAAAUAUAUGUUUAGUUAGCAAUUUCUUUAGUCACUAGUCAUUAAUGUGUUGAAUGUUGAUGUUGGGUUCGCUAGUUUUUGUUUUAAAAAAUUGAAGUAUCGAUA